AUGUAAUUUAUAUAAAAAUAACAUAUACCUAAAGCUCUCAGUUUUAUUUAAGCUGUUGAAUUCCUUGCUGAAUAUUUUGGUAAAUCAUCAGAAAGUAUAUAUUUAUUGUAAAUGAAGAGCAAAUUUAUAAAUAUUUCUUAACUUUAGAAUUAUUGAAAUUACUAGUGAAAUUAAGAAAAUGGUCCUUAGUAGAUAAUUAUGGUUUGAUGAUUUCAGAAAAUAAUAACCAUUCCUAAAUAGAUAAUGAAGAAGAAGAAGCUGCGAAUCAAUUUUAAGAAAAUAUAGGUCGAUUGGAAUAUAAUCCUAAAAGUGUUAAUGAAAAGAGUAUUAAAGAGGAACUUAAAUCAAUAAAAGACCCAAUACCUAAAUUUAAUUUGGGUUAUUAUGAUGUGGUUUAAGAUAAACAAACCUCUUUAUUAACAAUGCUGCCUAUUCCAAACGAAAAUAGAUAGAAAGAUUAUGAAUCCAAACUUAACUAAUUAAGAGUAUAUUGUAAUAUGCAAUAGAUUAGAUUAAAAUUGGAGAAAUAUUGCAUCUCUUUCGUCCAAUAAUUUAUUGCUAUUUGAUUCAUAAAUAUGGUGGAGAUAACUAUACUCCAUAUUUAAUUUCAUUACUUAUUGAUGUAAUUAGGUUUUUAAUAGAAUUCAAAAUUAAGAUCUAUAGAAAAAGUUAAAAAGAAGAACUCAAAAUAAGAGCUAAAGAAGCUAUUGUAUAAUUAUUUAAUCAAAUAUAGAUAUGCUAUAUUUUAAGAAAUCCUUUCUAUAGUACAAUUGUCAAACAAAUAAUCUUAAAUAAUACUUUAGGGAAGUUAUUAAAUCAGCAAGGUUGGAUUUAUCGUCUUAUUAUUGCAUUAAUCGAGUUAAGAUCAUCAAAAUGUCUUUUAUUAUGA